AUGAAUUAUCAAUUGAUAUUAUUCUAUAUAAUAUCAAUUAUUGUUCAGUAUACAAAUUCAGUUAAUUUAAAUACUGGUUUUACUGAUGCAUUAACACAUGAAGAAUAUGAAGAUGAUGUUGAAUUAAUUAAAAUUCGUUUUGAUACUACAAGACCAUGUCGUUUUUUUUCUGAUGAACGUUAUCCAAAAGUAGAAAAAGGUUUAGCUAAUUGUUCAUGGUAUGAAGAUGAUGCAUGUUGUAAACGAACUGAAGUAGCAAGUGUUUUUGAAUCAAUGUUUACUUUACAUCAAGCUUCAACACAAUGUCGAAAUAUGAUGAAUUAUCUCAUGUGUUUCUUUUGUGCACCGGAUCAAUAUUUAUGGUAUAUCAAAAAACGUGUUAAAAUUUGUCAAACAUUUUGUGAUGAACUUUAUAAAAAUUGUAAAACAGCUGAAUUUAGUGGAAAUAUGAUUGGUACUUAUAUAUAUAUUUAUUUGUUAAAAAGAUUUUUUAUUAAUCAUAUUUAUUUCUUAGGUACACUUUAUAAAUCAGGUUUGCAAUUUUGUGAGGCAAAUAAUUUUAAUGUGGUUACAAAUGAUUGCUUUAAAUUUGAUGCCAAUGUUUUUUCAUCAGCAUCAUAUUUAUAUCCAUCAAUCACAUUCCUCUUUAGUCUUGUCAAUUUGUGUCUAGUCAUGAUGUUUGUAUUUAUAGUAAUAAAUAUUUUUUGA